AUGCGUGAGUACAAGAUCGUAGUGUUAGGUAGCGGUGGAGUAGGAAAAUCGGCAUUGGAACAGUUCACUGCGAUGCGAGAUCUUUACAUGAAGAAUGGCCAGGGAUUCGUUCUAGUCUACUCUAUCACAGCACAGUCAACGUUUAACGAUUUGAUGGACUUACGCGAUCAAAUACUUCGAGUCAAAGACACUGAUGAGGUUCCAAUGAUUCUGGUCGGUAACAAAUGUGAUCUUGAAGACGAGCGUGUCGUUGGUAAGGACCAGGGUCAGAAUCUUGCGCGUCAGUUUGGCUCAGCUUUCCUAGAGACGUCAGCAAAAGCCAAAAUUAACGUUAGCGAGGUGUUCUACGACUUGAUUCGGCAAAUCAACCGUCGUUAUCCCGAAAGCGGUAAACGACAGGGACAGGGAUCGAAGAAAUGCUGUAAAUGCACAUUGAUGUGA